AUGCCCCCCCCACACACGAGGCGCACGCGCAGCGUCUUGCAGACGCGGAAGCAGAAGGAAGGGCAUAGUCAGGUUGAUGAAGUUCUAGAACCUAGGGAUGUGGCCAUUGAAUUCUCUCAGGAGGAGUGGGAGUGUCUGGACCCUGCCCAGAGGGCCUUGUACAGGGGCAUGGUGGUGCAGAACUACCGGAACCUGGUCUCCCUGGGUGAGGAUAAUGUCCCUCCAGAAGUCGGAGGCUGCCCCAGAAUCCCUCUUCCUGACCUGAAUAACACCUUUAUUUUGGAGCAGGGGAAAGAGCCCCAGACUGUGGAGAGCAAGGAAACAAGUAUACAAAAAUGUUUUGAAAAUAGAAUUGGGUUAAGCUUUCAGUCACAUCUGGUUGAACUGUAGAGAUUUCAAACUGAGGACAAAAUUAAUGAAUGUAAUCAAGUUGAAAAGUCUGUCAAAACUUGUUCUUCAAUUUUGCCACUUCCAAGACUUCUUCCUGGUGUGAGAACCAACCUCUGUAAUAAAUAUGGAUGGGUUUUUAUGUAUCCUUCAUUGUUCACACAGCACCAGAAAACAAAAAUUAAAGAAAAACCAUACAAAUGUAAUGAGUGUGAAAAGACUUUUAGCCAUCAUUCAGUCCUUACUAAUCAUCAGAGAAUUCAUUCUGAGCAGAGACCUUACAAAUGUAAUGAGUGUGGCAAAGCCUUUAAGCAGUUCUCAAACCUCACAAGACACCAACGAAUCCAUACAGGAGAGAAACCAUAUAAAUGUAGUAUCUGUGACAAAGUCUUUAAUCAAAAUUCCCACCUUAAAAAUCACUGGAGAAUUCAUACUGGAGAAAAACCACACAAAUGUCAUAAAUGUGGUAAGGGUUUUAUCAAAUGUUCAGAUCUCUGGCAUCAUGAGAGAAUCCAUACUGGAGAGAAACCUUACAAAUGUAAUGAAUGUGGUAAGUCCUGCCCCGCCCCUACAUCCGGGGUCCACAAGCAAGUUCCUCUGGGAGGGGCAGGCCCUUACAGUAAGGGUUUUACCAAAGGUUCCUAUCCUUGGGAUCACGAGAGAAUUCAUACUGGAGAGAAACCAUACAAAUGUACUGAAUGUGGCAAGGUUUUUAGGCAGUGGUCUACCCUCAGGAUUCACCGAAAAAUCCGUACUGGUGAGAAACCUUAUAAAGGUAAUGAGUGUGGCAAGGCUUUUAAGCAAUGCUCACGCCUCACUAAGCAUCAGAAUGUACAUCCUGGAGAGAAGCCACACAAAUGUACUGUAUGCACCAAGACUUUUAUCCGCAUUUCAAGCCUUAUGAAACAUCAGAAAAUCCAUUCUGGAGAAAAACCAUACAAAUGUAAUGAAUGUGGUAAGGCUUUUUCCCAAAGUUCAAGUCUUGUGGAACAUCAGAGAAUUCAUACCGGUGAGAAACCUCACCAAUGUAAUGAGUGUGGCAAAGCCUUUACUGUCCAGUCAAGCUAACAUAAAAAAAACCAUACUGGUGAGAAGUUAUAUUGUAAGUGA